GGUUUCGAUCUUCAUGCACUCGGAAGACAAAACAGUAUUUCAGUCUGUGCCUGUCCGUCGACCAUUUAUGACGUGCUUUUUUCACCUGGGCUCGUGAUUCGUGUUGUUGUUUUGUACCUUGUGAGCCGGCAUUUUCCUAACCUCUUCUAUACACGAGAUAUGUAGACACUCUUUGGUCACAGUUGGUGCGUACACAACACAUCAAACGGUGAAACCUGAGGGAAAACGAUAAUUAUCUAACCUGUUCUAAUCGCGGAGUGUUUGGUGCGUUUGUUUGUGGGAGAAAGAUAGAACAUUUCGGUGAUUAGGAAUAUCAACGUCGUCCAUCGUUUUUUCGGGAGAGUGUGUAGCCGAAGCGUUUAUCGCUGAUCGUGUUGUGUCUAUUGGAACCUGUUCCUUCUGGAGUUUGAAUAACGGACCUGCCGCAUUCAAGGAUUUCAAACAAAAUGUUACUGCGAAAUGGCAUAAGCUUAAUUUUGCUGUUAAUGUGUGUGAUUUCCACGCUGGACGCCGCGCCCGGUGGACAUUCGGUUGAGGAGGAUUCCGGCGCUGUGACGACGACGACCACGGUGAUCAAAGGAACGAAUGAGAACGAGACAGUCAAAUCGGCCAAAUCAUUAACGUCCUCCAGUAGUAGGUCCAAGAAAGCGAACCUUAAGUCGACACCAAUUACCUACAUUACAUCGCUGGCCGAUGUUGGCCAUCACCAGCACUACGCGAAGCCCCCACCGAAGAAGUACGGUAAAACGGUGACGAAAGUGCGGGAAGACAAAGAAGCUCACCAGCAUCAGCAUCAGCACCAGCACAAGAAGGCCAAGCAUCAUCAUUCGGAAAAAUCCACCGGGAAGUCUCUGGAGGUGAUGCCGAAAAAGGAACCACUGACUAAUCCGACACUGCUCAGCAAACUGGGUCUUGGCAAGCUGCACGUCUCCUCCAGUCAUCAGAAGAAGCGACUGGCGGUGGAGUCCCGGCAUCACGGUCGACCCGAUGACUCACAUAUGUUCGUGAUCAAGCUGCCACCGAAUCCCUACUACUACACUAACAAUGGACCGGUUCCGGCGCCGAACGCGAUCGAGGAUGUAGGCAAAAAGGUCCCAGUGGGUUUCAAGUCCAACGGUAAGCCGGGUCGCAUCUACCACUGGAACAUUCCAGUGCUGAAGAAGAUUCUUGGCAACAACCAGGGCCGAAAUCCGAACUCGCGCCACCACGACAACAUUGACGAGCUGAUUGACAUCAAGGACAUCCCCACCUGGACCAAACCGUGGGAGAACGAAGCGCUGGACAAAUCGUUGAUCAAGUUCAGCUCAUCGGCGGCGGCCGCUCUCGACCACGUGGAUAAGAUCCAGAAGAAAAACCCCACGUUCUACGCGCCCAUCAAGGCAAAGAAAAGUGCCCAAGGGGGCAAGUACUACGCGAGCAAUGGAAAACCGCAAAGCUUCUACGUGAUUGAGAAAAGUCAAAAGAGUCUGAAACCCAUCCACCACCACGCGCUCAUCCCGUAAGAAAGAUAUAGCAACGUCGCGAACGAUUUUCUUGCCAGUUUUAAUGCGCUGUUUAAAGAGAUAGAGAGAGAGAGAGAAAUAAUAAACACAGUAGAUAGAACAUAAGAGCAUAACUGGGUUUUUUUUUUUGAAAGGUCCUAUAAACCAAAUUUCCAGUUUUUGAUUUUUGGGUGUUUUUGAAACCGCCUUGAGUCAGGGGUAUUAAAAACACCCAAAAAGCAAAAACUGAAAAUUUGGUUUAUUGGACCUUUUCAAAAAAAACUCCAGAUAAGAAAGAGAGGAAACAGGUUAAAAUACAUAAUUUAAACCAUGAUGAGAGUGAGAGAAACUGAAUUAAAAAAACACACACAGCAAACAAAACCAGACACACACAAACAAGUGGAGCUUUAUUAAGAGAACGAGAGCUUUUUUUGUAGGCAUACAUGGUAUAAUAUCUUUGGUUUGUGUCUUUGGUGAUCGUUCAUCGAGAAGAUCGAGAAGCUUUCAACAGCAUCGAUCAAGAUGAGAUUGCAGCAAAGACACCAGUUGAAGUGUACUAUCGUUUCGGGUCUAUUUUUCCAUCGUCUGAGCAAAGUUUAACAAGGCGCACAAAAGGUUUUAAUGAUUAAGUAAACAGUUAAGAUAUCAUAUAAAUAGCUAGGCUUACGUUGUAGAUCUUUAAUCAAAAGCAAUUGAAAGACUAAAAGUUUUAUCUUAGCAUUUAGGAGGUAUAAAUGUAAAAAAGUAAAAACAAAAAAACAAAAUAAUAUACGCGUAAGGGUUGAAAAUUCGCUUUUACAAAACUUUAUUCGAUUUUGGACUUCCAUUUCAGCUAUUCGACUCUUGAGUAGCGGUGAAUCAGUUUUAAAAUGCAUCCAUUCCAGUUCAGUGAUAAAUUUUGUAUAAAAACACACUAUUGUAACAGAACGUCUUUACACGUUUCAAAAUAAAUACAUUUUAAAUUAAAA